UAGCAGAUGCCUCUCAGCUCCUCCCUCAGGCCCUGAUGCAUCAUUGUGGUACUGAGAGCAGGCAGCGAGAGAUGCUGGCUGGAGACGUUAAGACUAGAUAGGGUGCUCGCUGUGAACUGACAACGCGUACAAGUGGUCAGAGCCUGAGCGAGAGGCAGUGGUAAUCUCCAGUGUCCUCUGUAUCCGAAGUCGGACAGAGUCCCAGCACCUGGCAAAGCGGCGGUGAUUCACAGGUUCAACACAAGUGCCAAAAUGCUGUCAUUGGUUGCUGUUAUUUUGUUGUGUGGGACUGUUAGACACCUGGAAGCAACCUGCCCAGCAACUGGAAGCCACAAAGCUGCCCCAAGCCCUGAGCCAGAUCUCCAUGACUGUCCAUUAUAUUCAAAGAAUGCUUGCUGCAGAGCGAAUGUAAAGGAUAAGGUGAAUACUUCUCCAGAGGUUGCAUCCUGGAACCAAUGUGGACGCUUGAGCACAAAGUGUGAGCAAUUCUUCAAACAGCUGUUGUGUUUCUAUCACUGCUCCCCAGAUGCUGCAAUUUGGGCAAGCCCAAGAAAUUCCAAUUCCCUUCUGAACGUACCUCUCUGUCAGGGCUUUUGUGACCAAUGGUACGAAGCAUGUGAGAAUGAUCAGACCUGCGUUCGGGACUGGAAUGCAGAUUUGAAGAGUUCAAAUCGCACUCGGGGCACCUGCACCUCGGACUGUAUUCCUUUCAGUAAGAUGUACAAGAAUGGAAAAGAUCUGUGUGAGAGUACGUCUGGAAGUUCUUUCAAGGUCAGAUCCUGUAACUGCUUGAACAUGGACGAGAAUGACAAGGAGGUGAUUAAAAUCCUUAUGCAAGAGGAUAGCACCAAGGCUGGUAUUAAUGGAGCGCUCCCAUGCAAACAGAAGCGCAGCACUCUGAACAAGCUGAGGCUCUCCAUCCGCAAGCGCUCACUUUUCAUGGAAGACAUUGACGGCAGUGGAAGUGGGUUCCCAACAACUGAUUAGUUAAAACUACGGUUGCUGUUUCUCUUUUGUUUUGCAUAGUUGCUGCUCUUGUUAAAAUCUACACCUUGCUGUAUUCACACUGAAAAAUAUUCCAGAGUUAAUACUCAUCAUCCCAGUCCUCAACUAUUCUCUGUUCUAGCAUGCAACCCAUCUACAUCUCAACAAAAGUCAUCAAAUUCCAUCCUGAUAUAAGUCCAAACUCGACGUUAGCACCAUGAAUGAGAGUUCAGAGAAAGGAAAAAAAAAUCCUAUUCUUCGUCCUAUGUCCUCACCACAUUUUAUUGGUCAGUUUUCCUUCUCACAAUCUAGCUGAUUCAGGAUUAAGUUUACAGCCCAAGUCAAUGUUUUAGCAUUACUAUCAAGCUGCUAAUUUCAGGAGUGAAAAAUUGAUACCAUUACCAUUUUGGGUCAUUAAACUAAAAUAUCUGGUGUCCGAAUGUGGUAUCUCGGCUUCCAUUAGGCUCCUCUGAAGAGGAAGUCAGAUAUGUUUCAUCCAUCAAUUUUAAAUUACCUCCAUCUAACUACAUAUUGAUCAUCAGUCAAAAAAAAAUAACGAACACAAAAAAUGAGAAAGAUGGAUGGACCCUUUAAAGAAUGAACUUUUAGUAACAGUUAAACAGUAAUGUCAGUCCAUCAGGAAAUUGGACAUACCUAACGGGCCUCUCCAUCCCUAACAAAAUUCUAGGGUUCUCCUUUUAAUCCACCGAGUCAUUCCCCUGCACAGAACUUGUGCAGAUUUCUUCACAAGACACAUUACUUCAUUCAAGACAAAUAACUGUGCAGAUAAAACUAGCAAAUAGAUCAAACAUUUGAAUGCUGUCACUAAUUUGUGAAGGACAACACCAGGAUGUUACCCCAAUCUUACAACUGACUCUGACCUCUUCCAUGGAUUGAAAUGUCUCUGCAAACAUUAUUUUGGGAGGGUAAUUGAACAUCUAAAUUAAUGUAAACAUUUAAUCCUGUGAGAACCAACUAAGAAGUUGUCCAAGAAACUUAACAGCAGUUUCUAUUCCAAAUAGUUGUCAUUCUACUUUUCUGAGUUUGGGAAGAAAUAUCAGACAGUGGCUAGGUUAGGGCAUGGUAACAGUGUAGUCCUGUUCUCUAGUUCCUGUUUGCAGUGUCAAGUUAAAAUAACCUGCUCACAGCCAUUCCUCGCUUCAUUUUGAAACUCUGGAUCACACCUCCUCUGAAAUAAUUUUGCCAUAGAAAACAGAAUAAAAUACAAAAUAUAUGACAUUGAAAUAGAGAACUACCCCAACAGUAUGCAAUCACUUCAGUCAAAGCUCCUCGUAGCACUGUCAUCUCCAUUCCCUUUAAUCAUGAUUUGUGUCAAACAUCUAAUGCUUGUGAUAAGGGAAGGAAAUUUGGGACAAUUUUCAAAGCCACCCAAGCUCUUGCCACAAAUUUUUAGAUGCUACAAUUCUGCAGUUGUGUGGAAUUUGUUUGCUCUGAUCCUAACUCCUACUAUUAGGAAAGAGGAGAAUUUAUAUCUAGCACUUUUAACAAUUGCUGUAAAAUUUGAGUUGUAGACCACCAUUUGCUUGAGCCACAACCAACAGAAAUAGGCUAAGUGGUGGUAUGUGUGUGUGUUUGUGGGGGGAAGAAGCAGUAUGUGGGUUAUAGUCUAAUAAUAGUCUAUAAGUUGCACCUUGUAUUUAAAGAACAUAUAAGCAUUCAUGAAGAUAUAGUUUACUUGUUGGAUUUUACAUUUAGACUUUCUUGCUUCUGAAACGAUCUGAGAUUCUUCUGUAAAUUUCUAAUAGAAAUUAUAAUAGAAUUAAAAGGAUGCAAUAACUAUGGAGUACUGGUAGCCAUAUUAAAAUGUAAUUUGGAGAUCAUUUUCAGAAUGUGUAUGUUAAAAUGUCAUUAUAGCAAAUUUGAUCAAACAAAAAUUGGUGAUAUAAUGUCAUACAUUGCAUAACAAAGUCAUAAGGACACAGAUACGUUAUCCUGACUAGAAUAAUAUUAAGCUGUACGAAGAGAUUUCACAUAAUGGGUGAGUAUGGCAUCAUUGAUCAGCUGUUUAUUAAUAAAAAAGGUCAAUAUUUGAUUCAGUCCUCCUGAACGCAGCAAAGUAUGCUAGAUUACAGUAUGCCAUCUACCAGUCACACUCAUUCAAGAGACCAUUUGUUCAUGUGUAAACUUUAACCAUGAGUAUUGGCACUCAGCUUGACUGAGAUCUGGGUACAGUAGGAAAGGAAGCUGAAAUCAGUCCGGCAAAAAUCAAGAAUGGAAUCUGAGUUGAUUUCCACCAGUCCCCCCAGACUGAGUUUUAGCACAGGGCUACUGUAACCAAUUCUGCCAAACCAAUCAACUUAGCCAAUGGCUAUCUUACUGCUAAAUAUCUGUACUUGGCUCAGCGAUUGCAAGAGAAUGUUUCAUUAUUGCAGAUGGGUCAGUGACAAAUGGUGCAUUAUUGCUGACAUACCAGUUUGUAUGAAUUGGCAUACAAAGUGUUUCCUUUGGUGCCUCAAGUGAUAACUGCAGUUGGGCGACUCAUGAGUUAAGGGUUAAAUAUUUAAGCAGGACAUCUGUCUUCCAAGCGGUAUCACUUCAUAGAAUCUGUGUAAAUGAAAUUCUUGAUGAUGAUACUGAUCCUGUAUGUACUGGAUCAGUUUUUGGAUCCUCUACCUUAAUUUUUUAAAAAAAAUUUCAUCAUCUUCAUUUGAUGGACAGGAUCAAAUGAAUGCUAAAUGUUUCUAAAACUAUUUGUUAAAAAGUCCACUAUUUUUCCUCCACUGAUUGUAAACUAUAAUUCUUAGCUUUUGCUGUACCAUUACAUUUCAAUUUAUUUUUCAUUAAUCCUACAAUAAGUUCAUGCUUACCAAAAGGUGAAUAAUUUGGCUUGGCAUUUUCUAUGAAUUCUGUCAACAAUAACAUGGAAAACGUCAGCAGACAGACUGCUUCAUUUCUCCACCUAACAAUUAAAGAAACAUAUCUUUCUGUUUUGCCAAUCCUGCCAGAGAUUUGAUUGAUGUGGUAAUCUAAUCAGCAACUUUCUGCAUAACAAGAGAGCACAAAAACUUAUAAAAUUCAAAUUCCCUUUAUGCGCCAAUACUACAUCAACAAGAUUUAUAACACUGAACAGAAAUAGGCUGAUAAACAGUAGAUGCUUGUCCUAGCAAAGAGGUGAACUGACCAUGUUCAAGAUUUCCGUUUGUUCCUUCUCUGCAGGUUGCUUAUCCUCUGAACAUGCCACUAUCAGGUGGUUUCAAAAUUGCUUAGUUUUCUGAUAAUGAUAUAAUUUUUCUUUUUGGAACAUAAACAAUAAAUAAGCAAAACCAGAAAUAAAGUCAAAUCCACGUUUUAGUAACAGCUUGUUUCGAAACAAAUGCAAAAGCACAGGUGAUUUGAUCAUGAUGUGUGAAAGCUUUGGCUGAAUCAGUUUAUUGCAGGUAAGCUUACAAAGUUCUUUCUUGUAUCAUAUGGAAUUCCUGACUAGGAAAGGGAAUAUAGAAACAAAAGAUGGGUUGAAAACUUAUCCACUUCUGGCUAGACACAAUAAAUUAAUCAUCAUUUUCUUUCUCCUGCACUGCAUGAGUGUUGAUAAGGUGAUGGCUCUGGCUUUACUGACAAUGUUCAAACAGAGCAGUCCUAACUUCUCAAGGCCCAAGGAGAAAUGGGUCUUUUGACUAAAGUUAAUUGGACCUCUGCUGUGCUGGGGCAAAGAAUGAAUGACCCUACUCUUACCCUGGCACCAUGACCACCCUUUUUCCAUGCAAUAUACAUAUGAAUCAUCAAUUCUCCUGCAACAUUGGAAACUGCAGCAACUCAUGUCAAGAGUCAGAGAAUGUUAUUGUGUUGAUGCUUUUUGCUUCAGACUAGAUUCUUACCAACACACAGUACUCCUAUCUCACAAUAGGUUAGCCACAAACUACUGCUUUCUCUGUCCUCCACACUUUCCUUCACUCCUGUUCCAGUCAAAUACAUUUAAUUAAGAAUUAAAUACAAUUUAUUGCAGCCUCUUUUGUAUUUUAGGCACUGUUCCUGCCUCGUAAUGUCUCGUGUAUGUUGGUUUUAAAGUCUGUUUACCUUUCUGCAGCAGGUUAAAGAUCUGCUGCGGAUUUGGUUCCUGUGCAGUGUGUGUAAACAGAUGUACUUGUAUAAACGGAUAGCGCGCUUUUUUGUCUCUGCUCGUUCUAUAUUUUUAUUAACCAGGUUAUCUGUCCCUGUAACUACUGACAUUGUGCAAUUCUACAGAACUGAGAUUUACUAAUAAAAUGGGAAACACGGUGACAAAA